GGUGCCUCGGGCCUGUACGACCGCGCUCGUCCGACCUAUCCUGCCCAAGCACACGCCCAGAUCCUCGACCUCCUCCCACCCUCGCCUCAAGGCGCACACGUCGUCGAGCUCGGUUCCGGCACCGGCCUGUUCACGCGUGGCUUCCUUCAAGCCGCGCUUGAGCGCGAGAAGAACGAGGGCGGCAAGAGGGUCGCGAGGUUGACGGCGGUCGAGCCGAGCGAGGGCAUGCGGGCCGGGUUUGACAAGGGUCUCGAGAAGGAGGGGCUUCUCAAGAGCGGGAUACAGGUGAGCUGUGUCGAUGGAGCGUUCGACAAGGUCCCGGUCGGCGACGGCGAGGCGGAUUUGCCUGACUCUCUGUCUCUCCACGCGCAGGCCUGGCACUGGACGGGUACCUCGCAGACGAGCGCCGUCCGCGAGAUCGGGCGCAUCCUCAAGCCCGGCGGCGCAUGGUGCCUCAUCUGGAACCUCGAGGACCGCAACGUCGGCUGGGUCGCAGGGCUGCGCGACGCGUACGAGCAGUUCGAGAGCGACACGCCGCAGUACCGACACGGCCUCUGGAAGAAGAUGUACGCCGAGCAGGACUAUCACGACCUGUUCACCGAGCCGUCGCACGCCAAGUUCCAUCGCGCCCUCCCGACGACCGAGGCUCUCGCCGUCGACCGCGUCUUCAGCAAGAGCUACAUCACGGCGCUCACCGACUCGGAGCGCUCGGACCUCGAGCAGCGCUUGCGCGAGACGAUUCGGCGUGGCGAGGGCCGCGAGUGGAUCGACGAGGAGCAGGGCAUCUUUGCCUACCCGUACGAGACGGAUCUGUUCGUCGCGAGGCGGAAGUGA